AACAGCCGUCUUCGACCUGUUCUCUUGUGUUCGUUGCACUCCAAGCACACAGACUUCAGACAUGAACGCUCUGGUUGUUGCCGCUCUUUUCGCCUGCGUGGCCCUGUCCUACGGCCAGUUCGAGUUCGGCGGAGGAUUUGACGGUGGUGCUGGCGGCGCUGGCGGCUUCGACAGCAGCUCGUUCGGAUCUCCCGAUGGUGGCGCGCAGCUGGGCGGAGGCGACUUCGGUGGAAGCUUCGGCGGAGGCGACGCUGACGGUGCGGCGGCCGGUGCUGGUUUCGAUACCUCCGGCUUCACCGGUGGCUUCGAGGGAUUCAACGCUGCUGCCGCUUCCAACAGCCGCCCCCAGUUCGGCGGCUUCCAGAGCCAAUUCCAGGGAAGCCUUCCCCAGGCCGGAGCAGCCCAGUCAUCUGUCGAGGCCCAGUAACGCCACGGUAGUGGUCCGAAGGAGAGUCACAGCCUGGGGCGCAGACCAACGACAGACCCCAUGUCGAAUUUCUCGCCAAGAAUUUCGACGGUUGUAUAGUGUUGAAUAAGCAAUGUAAAUAGUAUUUGCGUGCCUCUACCAGCGCGCUUGUAAAGAAUAAUCACGCGGUUUCAUUAAAAUCUCAUCGUUUAAAAAAAAAA